UAAUGUAUCUGACGGAGAGUGAGACAACUACUGCAGCAUAAAGAACCCACAGGCAUCUGGGUUUUCCCACUUUGGUAGCAAAUAGGGGGAAUUAUGGGUUGGUGGUCUGCUUCAUGUUAGGAGGACUCCCCUCCAUCUGUUCUCCGUGCAGCCUGUUUCCAAUUUAAAACGCAGAUUUCAAUACAAACCUCAAUUUCUUUCCCCCAUUUUAUAUGCAAAGCAAGGCUUAUGAAUUACAGUGUCACUGCUACUGGGACGGACACCAAAUUUCCCCCCAAAAUUCACUGGCUAUUCAUUUGAAUACCUGUUUACAGUGAUAUACAAUGGGCAGCUUUGAGAAGAAAAAUUGAUAAUCUUCACGGAAGAGUAAUUUGAAUGAAAUUACACUUGACAGCCUGUCUCCAAGCAAACAAGGAGAGUGAGAGAGCCUUAGCUAAGCUCUGAGGACUUGCCUAAGCCUCUGCUGUUGGAGCUUCCCAGGAAAAAAGCACCCCAUACUUUUUCCAACAUCUAAUUGAAGCUUUUGAUUAAUUCUGUGUAGCAGUUUGUAGUGAAGAAAGGUAGCCAUGGAAGAGAAUAUGGAAGAGGGACAAACACAAAAAGGGUGCUUUGAGUGCUGCAUCAAGUGUUUGGGGGGUAUUCCCUAUGCCUCAUUGAUUGCCACCAUCCUGCUGUAUGCUGGGGUCGCACUCUUCUGUGGCUGUGGACAUGAAGCACUCUCGGGAACUGUCAACAUUCUGCAAACCUACUUUGAGAUGGCAAGAGCUGCUGGGGACAUUAUUGAUGUCUUUACCAUGAUUGACAUCUUCAAGUAUGUGAUCUAUGGCAUAGCAGCUGCAUUCUUUGUCUACGGCAUUUUGCUGAUGGUAGAGGGAUUCUUUACGACUGGUGCCAUCAAGGAUCUCUAUGGAGAUUUCAAAAUCACCACCUGCGGCAGAUGUGUCAGUGCCUGGUUUAUUAUGCUGACGUACGUCUUCAUGCUGGCCUGGCUAGGGGUCACAGCUUUCACCUCUCUGCCUGUUUACAUGUACUUCAAUCUGUGGACCAUUUGCCGAAAUACCACUUUAGUGGAAGGGGCUAAUCUCUGCUUGGACCUUCGUCAGUUUGGAAUUGUAACUAUUGGAGAGGAAAAGAAGAUUUGCACCAUGUCUGAAAAUUUCCUGAGGAUGUGUGAAUCUACUGAGCUAAACAUGACAUUCCAUUUGUUCAUUGUGGCACUUGCUGGAGCUGGAGCAGCAGUCAUUGCUAUGGUUCAUUAUCUCAUGGUUCUGUCUGCUAACUGGGCCUAUGUGAAGGAUGCUUGCAGAAUGCAAAAGUAUGAGGAUAUUAAGUCAAAGGAGGAGCAAGAGCUUCAUGACAUUCAUUCUACCCGCUCUAAAGAGCGGCUCAAUGCAUACACAUAAGAGAAACCUUGUCUUACUUUCUAACAUUUGAAUGCUUUGUUGUUUAACUAAAGGCCAUCUAACCAUUUUAAAAACAAAAAGAAAGUGCUUCUCACAAAAGAUAGUUAGGGUGACUUGUAAAUCGCCCGGAUACAAUUUUUGGUUGUCUAGCACUUGGUUUCCUAAUUAGUUAAUAGUUUGUGUGACCAUUCUCUGCUGCAAAGCUCCUAAACAGCCUUUCCUGAAUCCUCCUAAGGAAAUUAGUUCUGUUCGAUCGAGGAUACUAACUAUUGUCAAAUACGGAGAUGUGUUUGAUUUUUUUAAUCACUUUGUAUGUGUUAUGCAUAACACCUUUUGCAUUGUUUCUUAUAUGGUUUUGAAAAAAAUAGCUUUUUAUACUUUUUAGUUUUAAUUUCAGUAACUACUUUAACUACAGGUAUACGUCAAAGGGACCAUUGCACAUUAUGUACAAUAUCUAGAGAAAACACACUGAUGAGUUUCCUUCAUAUUUGGAAGUCUUGCCAGAUGGCCCAGUGGCCAUCUUGAUUGAGGGUCCUAAGAACAUUUUAAACAAUCAAAGGUGCAAUUUCUAAAUUUGUAAUAGUAGGUAAAAAAAAGUGCUUCUUAUCUUUGUUAACAUUGUAUUAUUCUUGAUGUUCUUAAAGAAUAUUCUCUUUCAAAGUUUUAUUGGUGAGUAUUCCUGUUUAUAUUGUGAGCAUGCAGACCGUGGUGCUAAUAAUGCAUGGCCUCUUGCCUGUUUAAAGGAUGUUAUACCACGGUUACCUUUAAAGAGUUACAGUAUAUAGACAAAUGUUAACUAAAUCAUAUAGCUAUGCGUAGGUUUGUGCAGAAUGAUCUCUUUGUAAUUCAACAAUGGUUAUGCUGAAUUGGAGCUGUUCAUGUGCUGAUGUGAGCAAUUACUGCUUAGCUACAUUUCUGAAAGUGAUAUAUCAAAAAUACAGCAACCUUACAAGUCAGAAGUCUUUUUACCUGCUUUAAAAAUUUUAAUGGAUUGCACCUGUCUGAACUAUAUACAUAUAUUGUAUGUGAUAUAUUCAAGAAGGCUUCCAUAAAUGCAAUAGCUUGGCUUGCAGCUUUCCUACACAUACUGGUUUACCUGUAUUAUGUGAAAGUGAGGUAAAAGGCCACUUCAGAGCUUAUUGUAUGAAAGUGUAGAAAUAUAGCUGAACCUUUAUUUUGAGUAAGAAAAUGUUAACAGAAAGGUAAGUCGUUAAGUUGAAGGAAGUACCUGUGUAAAAAAACCCUACAAAAAUCAGUAUUAUUGGACCAAAUUUGGUGUUUGUUUUGCUUUUUUUUUUUUUUUUGCCUAUUUCUAAUGCUACAAGAAUGCUGUAAAUUGUCUUUUAAAGUGAUGUAUCCUGACAAGACAUUUUUGUCAGCGUUAAAAAUCCUAGAUAGUUUUGUGCACUUAUUGGACCAUUGUGAAUUCUCUCUCAGUGUAAGUGCAUUUCUAAUAAAAGUUCUUGAGUAAAACUCCUUCUUUGUACUAUUACUAGUCAUGCAUCAUCAGUAAUUUUUAACUAUUCUUGUAGUAAGUAGAAGGUAAUACUAUAGUUAUUUGUGGCAUGGUUAUGCAUUAAGUAGUAUUAGUUGAUUGAUUUGGGAUUUUUUUUGGUUUCUGUUUCUUUGUUUUUGUUUUUUUACACUUAGACUGUCUUACAAGGUCAACAGUUUUCUGGUAUGUGCAGUACCGGUUCUGCAAAAAGUAUUAUGAACCUCUUUUGGAUUCUAUAUUGUAGUGUUUCAGUUUUGUGUCUUAAACAGUUUGUGAUGAUUUUUAAAACUAUGUCUUUUAAACUCAUGUAAUGAUGUUGAUGCUUUUGGCUUUUCUCUGGUAUUAGAGUUUGUAUUUUCACAAAGAAUGCUUUGUAGCAGGCAUUACAAUUAAUCUGUUUUGUACAUAAAUGUGCCAACAGCUUGAUGGUGGCGUUUUUGAAAUGUAGAACAAAGUGCUUGCAAAAAUGUAAUAAACACACUUGUGUACUUUGUGUACUUA